AUGAUUAUCGCAUCCAUUACGCUGCCCCACUGGGUCACCUACUCCGUUACGGCCACGGACGGCAAGGAGUUCUCAAAACACAUCGGCCUGCAUCGCGCAUGCUCGAACCUAUAUGACCCGCCAUGCCAGGAGUUUCCGACAGAAGAGUUGUGCAGUAAGAAUGGCGAGCGGUACUUCUGCUCCAUGUGGCGCUCUGUCGGCUUCCUGGCUUCCUUCUCGACGAUUUUGCAUCUUGCAUCCAUCGUCACCUUCAUCGUCAUCAUGGGCGGCGGCAAGUACAAGCGCGAGACUGGCUGGAAGAUCCUCGGCGGACUUCUGGUUUUGGUCGGCGUAGUCGAGUUCACGCUGAUGGGCAUUGUGGCAUACCUCUACGAUAACGAUGAGCAGUUCCAGGUUCCCGGCUGGGGCUUGGAUACCUCCUGGAUUCUUUGCACCAUCAGCGCAUCCGUCUCUGUUCUCUGCGCUGUUGGCCUGGCCAUCUCCGCCUUUGUGCUCCCGCCAGAGGAGGGAUACGAAUUCCUCAAUGACCCCUUGCCGUAA